CCAGAUGCUGGUGUCCAACUGGUUUCUUGGGGAAAUAUUGUCAAAAUGGUCCGAGUCCAUGUCUCAGCGCCCCCUGUCUCCACGGGGGACAGUGUGUGGAGAGGGAAGGAAAGAUGGUCGCUUGCAACUGUCCCAUGGGAUUCUCAGGGACCCUCUGUGAGAUGGUGUUGGAUCUGUGCAAUCCCAAUCCCUGCCAGCAGGGGGUGACCUGUCACAGCAGCGAAGGCAGGUACAUGUGUGCCUGUCCUGAGGGUUACUAUGGUAACGAGUGCGCAACCCUCAAAAAUCCCUGCAUAGGUCAACACUGUCCAGGUGCCAUGUCUGACACGCCACACGGAGGCCUCAGCUUCUACAUGAUCCUGGUGGGCGUCUUAGCGUUAGUGACCGUCUGUGGCUGCGCUGCCUGCGCCUUCAUCCUCUCCCACUUCCAUCGCAAGCGGAAAAAGCAGCAGGCCGUCCCGCAGGAAGAGGGCAUCAACAACCAGAGGGAGUUUGUCAACCUCAUCCGAAACGUGGACCGUCCCGUGCCCCUCCUGCCGCCCGCCGCCCCUCCCACGCAACCCCUCGCCCCCGCCCCUGUCUCACGCUGCUACGAGGAGAUUGAACUGACCCUGCCGCCCUCCCCGGCCCCCUCGCACCCGUCGCCCGCGCUGAAGCCCGCCCACACUCCCAAACUGGACAUUUCCAACCGCGACAGGGAGAAGUUGAACCGCUUCCACUUCUCGGACAACCAGGAACUGGAGGUCUGA